ACGGUGAGAGGUCUGACAGUUACACUUUGCCCGUUUGCUGCACCAAAGCGACGCGUUGCACGUGCGAGCCUUGCUCGGAGUCACGUGUAUACCGGAGUGCAUCGACAAGAGAUUCAUCGAGAAGAGAGCUGUGCUCUCUCCAGCCAGUGUAACAAUGUCGUAUAAUCUAACAGUUGGUCCAGCAUGUCCGAUUUCCCAUCUCGGACCGAGCCUUACCCAAAGCUGUUCAGGAUCACAGUAUUUGACGUUUAUGACGAUUUUGGAUAUGCUCGUGCGAUCCCAGGAGACGAUAUCUCAAUCGUGCGAGCGUGUAAGGUCGAGAAGUCCACCUGAAUACUACUACGAUUUCAUCGUCAUCGGCGGAGGAUCAGCCGGUGCCGUGGUGGCGUCUAGACUGAGCGACAUACCGGAAUGGAAAGUUUUGUUGCUAGAAGCUGGCCCGGACGAACCACCGGGUGCCGAUGUUCCCAGUAUGGUGGCAAUGUUUCUAGGAUCUGACAUUGACUGGCAGUAUCAAACCACGAACGAGAUGAACGCUUGUCUGUCAACCGGCGGAUCCUGCAGUUGGCCGCGCGGUAAAAAUCUAGGCGGGACGUCCGUCCACAAUGGUAUGAUGUAUAUCCGGGGUCACGCGAAAGAUUUUGACAAUUGGGCGGCCAUGGGCAAUCCUGGAUGGAGUUGGCGCGAUGUCUUGCCAUAUUUUAUGUGCUCCGAGAACAACACGGAGAUCCAUCGAAUUGGUCGCAAAUAUCAUUCGACCGGUGGUCUGUUGACCGUCGAACGGUUCCCGUGGAAGCCUGCAAUCGCAGACGAUAUCCUCGCGGCGGCGGUCGAAAAAGGAUACCCGAUUAGCGAGGACCUGAAUGGCGACCAAUUUACAGGAUUUACUGUGGCUCAAACUACAAGCAAAAGUGGUGUCCGAAUGAGUAGCGCCUCGGCGUUCCUCCGACCGAUACGGCAUCGGCGCAAUUUGCACAUCUCCCUAAAUGCCACCGCCACGAAGAUCAUGAUCGAAAAUAACAAAGCUGUUGGAGUAGAAUUUUAUCAAGAUGGUGAACUUCGAGUUGCCCGCGCCACAAAGGAGGUAAUCGCCUCCGGUGGUGCCGUAAAUUCGCCUCAACUGUUGCUACUCUCCGGAAUCGGGCCGAAGGAACAUCUGCAGGCGGUGAACGUCACAGUCGUCAAGGAUCUUCCAGGUGUUGGAGAGAACCUGCAUAAUCACGCGUCGUACACUUUAUCGUGGACCAUCAAUCAGCCGAACCUGUACGACCUGAACUGGGCGUCCGCCACGGAAUAUAUCGCCUUCCAGAAAGGACCGAUGUCAUCGACUGGUUUAUCGCAAUUAACCGGGAUGCUAUCGUCGGCCUACACGACGCCAGAUCAUCCUGAUAUCCAGCUGUUUUUCGGUGGCUAUCAGGCGGCCUGCGCAACCACCGGUGAAGUGGGUGCCACCAUGAACGGCAACGGUCGCAGUAUCAGCAUGUCGCCGACGAUGACGCACCCGCGGAGCAAGGGGCAGCUGCGUCUUGCCAGUAACAACCCCUUCGCAAAGCCGAUCAUCUGGGGUAACUACUUCAACGAUCCUAUGGAUGUGACGAUCCUCGUUGAAGGUAUCGAAGUCGCGUUAUCCCUCGCCAAUACCAGUGCCAUGGCCAAGUACAAUAUGACUUUGAACAAUAGACCGUUGCCCGUGUGCUCUCAGUAUCCUUAUCUGAGCAAGGAAUAUUGGGCCUGCGCCGUGCGUCAAGAUACCGGCCCAGAGAAUCAUCAGGCAGGCUCCUGCAAGAUGGGUCCGCAUAACGAUCCCAUGGCCGUAGUCGACAAUCGAUUGAGGGUAUACGGCAUCAGGAAUCUCCGGGUGGCCGACACGUCCAUUAUGCCGCAGGUAACGUCCAGCAACACGGCAGCCCCGGCCAUGAUGAUCGGCGAAAAGGCGGCCGCGUACAUCAAGUCCGACUGGGGCGUUGCCGGUACACAAUGUUCACACACGACGAUCGACAGUACGCUGGACCUAUUACUUUGGGGGAUCAAGUAUAUCGACUGGGAUCAAGCUAUAUGGUAGCCGGGCUCUACGGUCUAUCUAGUCUCUUAUUGCAUCCAUCAAUGCGUUUUCCGCAGCCUAAGAAAGUCGGCGAGAACGCGACCAAAGGCAGGACUCUCUGGAAGAUUCCCGUAGGCUGCGAUUUCCUUUCUCUUCGGUAUGAUCGAGCGAUCGAGCUGGACUUGCUACGUUAGAUUAUGCUCAAAAUUAUUCCAAGGUGCAAUUAUAUUAUUGUUACUAACGCAGAGAUUCGAACGACUGAAGACAGUCGUCGUCUCGCUGUACCGCCAUGUCUUAAUUUUCAGUUAAGAAUCUCCUAAGAUUGUGCAUCUCGUAGCGUCGUGGCUGUCAAAGAGAUCCGUUAUCAAUUAAUUAGCCAUGGCGCAACGCGAGCGCAAAUCUCCGUACAACUUACGAGUAUAUUGUUACUAUUAUUGUUAAUUCCUUAAACAAGCUAUAAUUUCCUAUUGUUUUUAGUUACCGUAUGCACCAAGAGUUUAGAUUAAAAAGUUUAGAUGUACAUAUCAUGAUAACAAUCUCUUUCAAUACUGCGUUCAUAGUACUUUUCAAUAAUUGUGGUAUAUAAUAACACCCAUGGAUGUCCUAUUGAAAUAAUGACCAAAGACAGAUUCUGGUACCUGGUACACCAACCACCAAAAACAUAGUAAUUAAUAGUUUUAAAAAAUAUGUAAAAAAAUGAAAUGGAUUAUAAAUAUGGAUAGCUCGGCCGUUCUCAGAAUGUUCGAGUGUAAAUCAAAAUACUGUAAAUAAAUAAGAUUGCAUAGACA